CAGCGGGCAGACGCAAGCGUCAGUGUUGGGCAGCACACAGGUGCGCUGCCACCCGUCGCACAUCUCUCAUCAUAUACCUCCCCGUGUAUUCCCAAGUAUCAUUCCUAAAAAGCCUGCCUUGAUACCACAAUACCACACACCCCCAAUCCCGUAUAUCCCGAGCUUCCUCGCGGCCAUGUCUUUCCUCUUUGCAUGCCUCAUAAAGCCGCUUGCUUACCUCUCCCUCCCCAUCCUCCUCGCGCGCUACAUCCACGACGCCUCACCCGCAGGCCGCUACUAUGUCCGCGUCGGCAUCUACCUCGGCUGCCUCUCGCUCGUCUCCACCGCGGGCGUGUUCAUCGCCGCGGGCAUGUCGCUCAUCGGCCGCCGGGACGAUGUGAACUUUGUCGUCGCGCGGUGCUUCUAUGCGCUCGCGAGCAGGGCGCUUGAUAUCCACGUCGAGAUUGAGGGCGAGGAGCAUCUGCAGGAGGCGCGUCCUGCGCUUAUGGUGUCGAAUCACCAGAGUAUGCUGGAUGUUUUGUUCCUUGCGAGGUCGUUCCCCCGACAAGCCUCCAUCAUGGCCAAGAAAGAGCUGCAAUGGUCCCCGCUCGGCCCGUGGAUGUACAUGUCCGGAGCGGUGUUCAUCGACCGCGGCAACCACGCGCGAGCCCAGCGCUCUCUGGAGGCAGCCGGCGAGGAGAUCAAGCGGCGCGGUGUCUUCCUGCACAUAUUCCCCGAAGGCACCCGGCACAUGCAAGAGGCGCCGGGUCUGCUCCCGUUCAAGAAGGGCGCGUUCAAUCUCGCGGUGCAGGCGCAGAUCCCCGUUGUCCCUGUCGUGUUUGAGAACUAUUGGCGCGGAUACCGCAGCGGCGUCCUCGGGACGGGUACCUUCAAAGUCCGCGUUCUCCCACCCAUUCCUACGGCCGGUCUUUCCAAGGAUGAUGUGGCGGACCUUACGACGCGUGUGCGGGACACCAUGCUGGAGGCGCUUCGCGAUAUCUCGGUUCCAGUGCCUGCAGAAGUCAAAGCUGAUGAACCAUUAGCGAAGACUGGUCUGCCGGCUAAGGAGGAAGUGCCGUCCGAGGCCAGCAAGUCAGCCGAGCAGGUGGUCCCAGUUCCGUCCGCUGAGCCUAGCGAGGGAAGCAGCAGUGAGGCCGCGUCGCCUGACUUGCAUCGCUCGAGGACACUGAAGGAAGGGAGCGAGUACGGGGCAGAGACGGACGACGAGGGGAACGUGCUGAUCGGUCGGACCGGUGCUUGAGGGUGUGUGGGGUUUGUGCUGAGAAGGACGGAUCUUGCUGAGGCGGGCGACGAGGAACAGGUGCCUGUAAUACAUAA